GCUAGACGUCACAACCUGGAAGUUUUGGAAAUCAACAUGGAGUCGAGGGUCAGGAAAUAAAACGUCCCGGCGUGUAAGGCAGCGCAUUUAGUCACUAUUUACUAAUAAACGAUGGAAGUUCGAAGCGAAAACUGAAUUAUAUAGCACAAGUGGAAGUUUUAUUUGAAUAAUUUUUAUUUUUAUUCUCGUAAAGUCAUGGACAGCCCUGCUGCAAGUGGUAGUUUUGCGCCCGUCUUUAACUCGGCGCUCUCUCCUUUUCAAAACAAAAUGUUCAACAUGUUGGAGAAAGCCACAGAACAACUAAUGUUACAUAAAGACUUCCAGGCUGCCUUUCAAACAUGCGACAGAGGCCUGGAGUGUCUUGUCGACCGGGGGAAAGAAGAGGACGCGAGGGGCGAUUUCAAGGCUGGCUUUUGUAUCGUGGGGAUCCAAGCUCUUGCUGAGCUGAAUCAGUGGCGUGGUGUCUUGUCCUGGGUCCUUCAACGUUAUCAGCAUCAGGAGGAAAUACCUGCUAAAAUCUUGCAGAUGUGCGUCCUUCUCUACUCCCAAGUGGGUGAGCCGGCUAUGAUGCAAGAGACCACACGAGCGUGGUUACACUGCCCGUCCAACCGCAGCGUCUCAGGCUUUGGCCCGGUGGCCGAGCUCUACCUCCUGCGUGUCCUUUUGCCUCUCGGAUGCACGGACCUGGCUCGAGAGUUUGUCGUCGGUGAGGUGGGAAGCGUCACGUUCACUGAAGAGCAAAAACGGACAGCGCUGGAAAUCAUAGAAGAAGAAAUUGAACGUCAGAAACAUGAGCCUGCUGUCAAUGUAGAUAGUAGUGGUUGUGACGUGCCCACGACAGAAGGUUCCUUUCUCCACAGACUGGAAGCCAUGUUGAGACUUUCCUACAGGAGAUUGAUGUCUGGCUCCUUCUCUUUCCAUAAACUUUUCUUGGCUGCUCUUCUUCUCUACAUGCUGUUUUUACGCUUGGAUCCAGCUCUUCCCUCAUCCUUCAUGUGGAUUUCCAAACUUCAUCAGCUGCUCAGAGAGUUGUGGAAAGCCACAGCGUCCUUGUAUUAUCAGCAGAGAGCUACAAAAGACUGACUUGCUGUUUCUUCUCGGGCAGUACGCGCCAACCUAAUUCUUUAACUUAUGAAAAGAAUAUUAAAAUGAAGAAUGGUAAUGCAAUAUCUGUAAUAUCAUCUUUUUAUCUGGACACUGUUCGGCUUUAAAUUCCAAGCCUUCCUUAAAAACAGCCAAUUUUUAUUUUCUCGUCGCAAAAACAACACAACUUCCAUUUCAAGCAAACUUGCCCUCCAGUUGCUUUAAAAGACCCUUAGCGUCCAGAUGACGUAAAAUUUCACUAAAAAGUUCUAAUCAUGUAUUUUUUGCUCUUGAAAAUGAAUCCGUCCAUCCAUCCAUCCAUUUUCUACCGCUUAUUCCCUUUGGGGUCUCAGGGGCGCUGGUGCCUAUCUCAGCUACAAUCGGGCGGAAGGCGGUGUACACCCUGGACAAGUCGCCACCUCAUCGCAGUUGAAAAUGAAUCUCCCAGUCAUUUCUCAUAAUAUCACUUUGUUGUUAAUUAAAGUAUAGCUAACUAACUGUUCUUGGAACGCCCCCUUUUCAUUGCCAGACUUGAUAUGCCGCCCCCUCUCGGUGGGACAUCAUCUGCAGAACUAAAGCCCAUUUUUACUACAGAGACAAUGUGGUUAAAGGCAUGUGAAAUUAUUCUUUUGAUCACUUUUUUGCAUCUUUUUGUGGCUCCGUUCCAUAAUUACAUCAAAACUGAUACGGUUAACAUUAUGGGGAAACAUAUGACUUUCCUUCCUACUCUUCUUUAGACACCAUAGCCUGUGUUUCCUCAUGCUCUUUCAGCAUUUCCUCAAACAGCAAAGGACGCAAAAUAAAAUACUAGCGGCAUGCCGUAUUUUUCUUAAAUUUUUUAGGUCUGCGCUUCGAUCUCUGUUUUUCCGCAGGUUCCGACUCAGUCUUUCUUCCCUGGAGGAUGCUCCUGAUUUUCAUGAUGUUAUUUAGCUUGAGAAUUAUAUUUUUUUCCCAUCCAAAUUCCGACCAAAACCAUUCUUUGAAGUUCGAAUCAAUAAAAUGAUUGCUGCAAAUUACAAUUCUC